AUGCCAGAAAUCAGUGCGAGUCCGCCGCCUUUUACUUACUGUGAUAUGGAGGACCUUGAUCAGUACCAGCACUACUUCUACGAUGACCUCGAUCUGGACGAGGAUUUUUUCAAAUCUACAGCACCCAGUGAGGACAUCUGGAAGAAGUUUGAACUUGUUCCCACGCCUCCCAUGUCUCCUGUGAGGAGGCUGGAUGAAACCGCUGGAUCUGUGGGUCUGUCACUGGGGGACAAGCUCGAGUGGGUCUCCCAUGUUCUCGGACAGGAUGAUGAAGAUGAGGCACAGUGCAACCUGAGCUCGAUUAUCAUACAGGACUGCAUGUGGAGUGGCUUUUCUGCCAGUCAGCGCUUUGAGAAGGCUGUGGGUGAACACAUCUCAUGCCAGAGUCAGGCCAAGAUGCCUUUUGUACCCCAGAUCGGCGUGAUCACCCCUGGAAAGAAUCAGUGCGGCCACACCGAGCUGUCAUCUUUAAGCAGCUCCGUGUCCGACUGUGUUGAUCCGGCGGCUGUACUGACCUUCCCAUUGAGCGGCUGCAAGAAGCAGGUGUCGUCUGGCUCAGAGUCACAUACUGACUCAUCUGAUGAUGAAGAGAUUGACGUAGUAACUGUGGAUCACAAACGCGGCAAGUCUCGACCAGUCAACUCGCGCAAACCAGUCACCAUCACCGUCCGUGCCGAUCCACAUGACCUGGGAACCAAGCGCUUUCACAUCUCUAUUCACCAGCAGCAGCACAACUAUGCCGCCCCCUCUCCGGACUUAGACCCGCCUCGCAAGAAGAUCCGCCAGGAAAACUCCCAACCCGGGCCAGUAUCCACAUCCCACACAGUAGACAACAAACCCCAACCUCCUGUUCCUGCCGUCACUAUUCCAGCACCUUCCACAACUCGCUCACAGUCUUCUGCAUCAUCCCACCCGGCCAGCCCUCAAAGCUCUGACAGUGAAGACAUGGACAGGCGAAAGAACCACAACUUUUUGGAGCGGAAAAGACGCAACGAUCUGCGCUCGCGAUUCCUGGCCUUAAGAGACGAGAUUCCUGGACUGAUAGAGUGUCCAAAGACACCGAAGGUAGUCAUCCUGACCAAGGCAACAGAGUAUCUGCAUGCACUUCAUUUAUCUGAGAAGCAAAAAACUCAGGAGAAGAAGCAGCUCCGAAUUAAACAACAACAGCUACUGAGGAAGCUAGCGGAACUCAAACGUUCAUAAAACAAGUCACUACAAGGCCGGUCAUUAACUGUUCAGAGAGGCCUUGGUUGAAAAUGAAGCAUAGAUGCAUGUACUUUUUGAUCUGUUCUUUCACUUUUUUGCACAUUUAAUUCUGGAGGGAUGCUGAUCAGGUGGCCAUUGGCUUUAUAUAUAAACUUUUUGAUAUAAAAGUUUCCCAAAGAAGGUCCUGCUGAUUUUUCUGCCCUGCUGAAAGAAAAUGACCUGAGAUGGACCCAA